AUGGAUGACAAAAAGACGCCGUGGGUGGUCAUGCCACUAUACUACUAUCCACUGGACGAAGCCACCUGGAAGCCGUUGUAUGAUGCAAUCGCCUCGUACCCGGCCGUCAACUUCCUCGUCGUGGUGAACCCAAACAGCGGCCCCGGGACGGAUCCGCUGCCCGGCAAAGACUACGUGCGCGAAGUGCCGCGGUUGAAUGCCUUCCCCAACGUCCGCACAGUCGGCUACGUGCGCGUAGACUACUGCAGGAAGCCUCUGGCCGACACCUGCGCGGAGAUUGACAGGUACGCCCGCUGGAGCCAGCACCAGGACGUGCCCGGGCUCCAUGUCCGGGGCAUCUACGUGGACGAGACGCCCAACCACUACUCGGCGGACAGGGCGCAGUACCUGGACCGCGUCGGCCGCUUCGUCAAGAGCAGCAGAGGGCUGGCUGGCGAGCGCACGGUCGUACACAACCCCGGGACGCCCCCGGAAGGCGAGCUCGCGUCAUUUGGGAACCCUGACCUGGUGUGUGUCUGCGAAGAGCCGUACCACCUCUACCAGAGGGACGGCCUGCAGAGGCGGCUGGCCGACUUGGCGCCCGAACACGAGCGGUGCAUUUACCAGAUCUCGGGGAUCCCCCCCGACGAGGUGGCCGCCGUCGCGCAGGAGCUGUGCCGCCGCGGCCGGUACGUCUUUGCCACGGACCUGGUGCAGGACUUUUACGAGAGUUUUGGAACCAGCUGGCCCAGUUUCGUGGCGGCCGUGGCCGAGGCGUCGCUGCAUGGGACAGCUUGA